UUUCUGUGCUCCUACCCAGGCAGGAGUAAGAAGCUGACAUUGGGAGCACUGCAGGAUCAACAGUACAUUUACAACUCACCACUGGACACCCUUACAAGGAAUAUUCCAUCCUCUGUUUGGGAGACAGGUAAGGAUGACGCCUCUGAUUUUGCUUUGUGUUAUGUUGCCCAUCAUCUCAGCAACAAUGCUGUUUAAAGGCCAAGAUGACAUGGAUGGCACAUUGAAGGUCAGCAUCCCUGUAGAGAUGCCUCUUCGUCCUCUGCUUGGUGGAAAGGUGGUGGUGCCAUGUUACUUCCAGGACAACACUGUCAAUGACCCUGGAGCCCCCACCAUUGCUCCACUCUCCCACCUGAUCCAAUGGACCUACAAGGACAAGGAGAAAGUUACCACAAUACUGAUAGCGUCAGAAGGGAAGGUUCAUGUGGAGACAGAGUAUCUGGACAGAGUGACACUGGUCAACUACCCAUUGGUCCCUACUGAUGCCACCAUGGAAAUUACAGAGCUGAGAUCCAAAGAUUCUGGCACCUAUCACUGCAAAGUGAUCCAUGGUAUCGAAGACAGCUACGACUCUGUGAACAUCCAGGUUCAGGGCAUUGUGUUCCACUAUCGUGCUAUCUCCACCCGCUAUACCCUGACAUUUGAGAAAGCCAAGGCAGCAUGUAUACAGAACAGUGCCACCAUUGCCACUCCAGCCCAGCUCCAGGCCGCUUACGAUGAUGGAUACCACCAGUGCGAUGCUGGAUGGCUUUCCGAUCAGACUGUCAGGUAUCCAAUCCAUGAGCCUCGGGAGCGUUGCUACGGGGACAAGGAAACCUUCCCUGGAGUAAGAACAUAUGGCAUCAGGGAUGCUAACGAGACCUAUGAUGUUUACUGUUUUGCUGAGAAAAUGUCCGGUAAUGUCUUCUACUCUUUAUCUGUAAAGAAAUUUUCAUUCUACGAAGCACUGGAUCAGUGUGUCAAGCUCGGGGCCAGGCUGGCCACAACUGGAGAGCUUUACCUUGCCUGGAAGGGUGGGAUGGAUGUGUGCAACGCUGGUUGGCUUGCAGACAGGAGUGUACGCUACCCAAUAAAUGUCGCCAGGCCUCAGUGUGGAGGGGGUCUCUUGGGAGUGAGGACAGUGUAUUUGUUUCCCAACCAGACAGGAUACCCUUACCCAGAUUCUCGCUAUGAUGCCAUCUGCUUUCAAGCUGGUGAACAGGAAGGCACCGUGCCUGGGAGGACCACACCUUUCCCAGACAUCAUCCGCUUCAGGCCUCCCCUUGGGCCCCCAGGCCCACCUCCUGAACCUGAGGUUAAGGAGGGGAGGGGUGAUAUUUUAAUUCUACCUCCAUUACCAAUUCCACCCUUCGAGCUUGAGCAUGGAUUGGAUCUGACGGAUGAUGUAAUGAUGGCUCCCACAGGUGUGGUGUUUCACUACCGUCCUAUCACUGGCCGGUAUACUUUGACCUUUUUGGAGGCUCAGCUGGCAUGCCAGAACAUUGGGGCAGUCAUCGCCAGCCCCCAGCAGUUGCAGGCAGCCUUUGAGAAAGGCCUUCACCAAUGUGACGCAGGCUGGCUGCGUGACCAAACUGUCCGAUACCCAAUUGUAUCACCAAGAGAGAACUGUGCUGGUAACCUACUUCAGCUACCAGGAGUGAGAUCCUAUGGCCUGAGACCAGCUACUGAACGCUAUGACGUAUUUUGUUAUGUGGAACGGCUGAGAGGUGAGGUUUUCUUCACCAGUGACUAUGACAGCUUCUCUUUUGAGGAGGCUGUAGAUCACUGUCAGAAACUUAACACGACCCUUGCAACCCCUGGGGAGUUAUAUGCCGCCUGGAAUCAAGGACUGGACAAGUGCCGGCCUGGCUGGCUGAUGGACCGCAGUGUCCGUUACCCUGUCACAACUCCCAGGUCUCAAUGCGGAGGUGGUCUGGUUGGUGUCCACAUCAUCUAUGCCUUCCCCAACCAGACAGGAUUCCCUGAUGAGCACUCACGCUACGACGCCUACUGUUUUAGAGCUGAAACUUCAGUUGUUCGUGUUGAAAAUAAAACCAGCUUAUAUCUGACACCAGAGACUAAUGUUGUGAUAAACAAGACAACAAUUGCAGUUGAUUUUUUUGCUCCCACCGAUAAAACACCUGUGGACUACAAUGAAACUAAAACCAGUAUAAAUAUAACUGAAACUGAGUUAAUCUCCAAAUCAGCGACCACAAAUGAACAUAUGCCUCCUACAGGUCAGAGGGUGACACCCAUGUUGCCUCCAGUCCCAGUUGAUGUGUCAGGAUCUGGCUCAGCUGAACAUUCAGCCAGUGGGGAGACAUCCGGUGGAUCCGGAACUGCAAGCACCAGCAGUGACAUGUCUGGAUCAGGACAGCAGAUUACGUUCAGCGGACACACUGAUGUCUUCUCAGGAGAGCAGUCUGCCUCUGGAGGUCCCGAGGAGGCAGAGCGGAAAAAUGCCUAUGUCCUCACAUCAGGGGAUGUAAUGAGUGGAUCUGGAUCAGCAUCUGGAAAGGAAUUUGACAGACAAUACUCUGGCUUCAUCACAUCUGGUGUUACUAGUGGCAGUGGGGACAGCAGUGGUAGUGGUGUUGGACCAGUGGUUAUUAUGGUAGAUGGAGAUAUGACAGAGUUACAAAAAAAAUACCAAAGACCCACAGGACAGGAACUAGGUCGGGGAGGAAUUGAUAUCAGCAGUGGCAUUUUAGAAUCAAGUAUGUCCGGCUCAGGAGAUGCGUCUGGGUCCAGCUCCGAUGGCUUUUCUGGUAUUUUAUUUGUUGACCAAAGUGGUCAUGAUUUGACUGUGCAGCAGGCCAGAGAGCAGGAAGUAUCUGGACAUCGUCCCUUUGAAUCCGGCUUGUACAGCGGAUUCUCCAGUGGUUUUCCAUCCGGUGUUUCAAGCAGUGGCUCUGCCUCUGGAGGGUCUUUCCAAAGUGGUGUGGAUCAGGAGGAUCCCAUGGAACCUACAGUUGACGACGUUACUCCAGAUACAGCCGACACCAGCCCCACCACAGCACCAUCAUUGUCGUUUGCAACUCCUGCUGCUGUGGAGCAGCCUGAAGUUGUGGAAGCUCUGGAGGGCUGUCCCGACGGAUGGGUGGAGUUCAGAGGCAGCUGUUAUUUUCACUUUGAAGAGAGACAGACUUGGUCUGAUGCAGAGCAACACUGUCAAGAGCUCAGCUCCCACCUGGUCAGCGUUAACUCCCCAGAAGAGCAGCAGUUUGUCAACUCCUUUGGUCAGGACUACCAAUGGAUAGGACUUAAUGACAAAGAUGUGCAGAAUGAGUUCCGCUGGACAGAUGGCAGUCCUCUUACCUUUGAGAACUGGAGGCCAAACCAGCCAGAUAACUACUAUGGCUCAGAGGAGGACUGUGUGGUAUUAACCUGGCACGAGGAUGGACGCUGGAAUGAUGUGCCCUGCAGCUACAAGCUUCCGUUCACCUGCAAGAUGCGUCCUGUCAUGUGUGGAGCUCCUCCUGAGAUAGAACACGGCAGACCUAUGGGCAGCAACAGAGAGCUCUACCCCAUCAACUUUGCAGUGCGCUACCAGUGUGACGCAGGCUACACACAGCGCCACCUGCCUGUCAUACACUGUAUGGCGAAUGGGCAGUGGGAAAACCCACAAGUGGAAUGCACAGAAGCCAGCACCAACAGUAACAGACUACAAAAAAGGUCCCUCAGGAGGAGAAGUAAAGUUGUCAGCAGCCAAAAGGAACAGAGGAAACUGCUCUGAGCUGCACUGAAAAGAGAUACAACAGAGCCACAAAGAACCUAUUUUGUAAAGCAUGGACACUAAUGCAGAUGGCUGACCAAAAAGAUAGCAUGCCCUACCUAAACAAAAUUUAGAAAGUGAUAAUGGACGUGGCUGGCAUUCAUGAUCUUUAACUGUCACCCAACAUCCUCUCAAAGCAUAGAAUUGAUAAUCCAGUAUUUCAUAAUUAAAUUGAUUUUUUUUCUGGACUCUGUUCUUUACAUAAGUUAGAUUUGAGAAAUUGGCUGAAGAUUUUUUUUUUUUAAAUCUCUUGACCGUUUAAGGACAGAUUGGUUAGUGCUGUUAAAUUCAAAGAGAUGCUUGCUGUAUUGCUAGGAUAUUUAACUAGAAAUGUUUCUUGAUAGAUGUUCUUAUUCUUCUUAUUCUUCUUCUUCUUUUGGUUUGACAAUCUAGACCAACAAAUGAUCGACCAUUUGAAUUGUGACACCUCUGCAGUCACACAGGAAACAUUUAGUUGUUCAAUUUUAAGAUCAGGCUCAAAACAUAUCCUUCUCCUUUAAAUCUGAGAAGGGUUUCAUAGGAUGAAUUCAUGACAUGGUCGCAAUAAUUCUGGAUUGAAAUGAUCAACACUUGUGCACUUUUGAACACUGAUUCCAUUUUUAUGCUGAUCAUUUGAAUCCAGAGCACUUUAAGCACAAAAUCUAUUUUACAACAAUGCUAUUUUUUUGUUACUAUAAUCGCCAAUGGAGUCUAACAAGAUGAAGUUCAACUCCAAUUUAGCAAGUCUUUUAAUUGUAUCAAAAGCCUUUCCAGGUUGGGGAGAAAUGCAGUGGUUUGAUCUCUGUCAAUGCCGGGGGAUCAUGAAUUCAGUGUUUGUUUUGUGAUAACGAUCUCUCUGUAAAUAUUCUCACAUCAAUUCUGAACAGCAGGAUCUGUCAAUAACUUACAGAACAGAAUAUUUUAACAGUUUGCAUUAAUCAUUGUCUACAAAUUUGUUGAUGAAGUUAGUUCCAAGAGCCGACUGUCAAAACAAAACCAGUGGAUUUUUUCUUUUGAAUUUUGAGCAGCAUAGCCAAUGGAAGUUCUGAAAAGGACACGGGGUGGCUCGACGACGAGGCUGCCGAAUGUUGACGAUGGCCCUUUUUGGUCAAGAAAUUUCUUCCACUUUAAGGACAGGCAGAUGUUAUAGUGCAUUUCUGGCUUCUCACAGAAACAACCCAGUAGCAUGGACACAUCUCCCAGUUUCAAACGGACACACCCAUCAUUGCGGAAAUAUUUCCAAAUAUCACAGUGAAUGCCUGUUUACUGAUUUGGCACCAGCAAAUGAAAGAAGUAGGCCUGCAUGGCUGGAGCUGGCAUGUGUGUUUAAGGGGAGGGGAGAGUGUUGUGGAAGAAUAUGCUUAAAUUUCACCCUAAGAGAGACAUUCAUGGAACAGUGUGCAGGAAAGCUGGGGUAAAGUGUGUUUUGGAAAUGUGUGUGGGUCUGUAUCAGUGUCUGUGAUUCACUGGUUCUUAAAUAAACUAAAAUCUUUCAAAUAAAUCACAGUAUGAACACAAA